GGGGGAUCACAGAGGUUUUCAUUGGGUUGUAAGUUGGCAGUCUCGCGUUUGAUGGCUUUGUCGCUCUGAACGGAUGCACAGUUCCCUUCACAUCUCCAUCGACAGCCUUUCGUUGCUUGACCGCCUUCACGAUGCGACAUAUCGGCUGCUACAGUGAGAUCUGACGAUGGAAUAUGGACACUGCGGAGCUGUCAAACUAUCUUUUGAUCGCAUGCGAUGAUCACAAUGGCAAUAAUUACGCGCCAGAAAAACAGCGCGACAUUUGCUGCCUUGUGUCGAACGCGUGAGGGUGCGCUGUGUGUCAGAUAGUGACCAUCACCACUUAGCGCGUGGAAGAGUGAUUGUGUGCGUGAAUUUGUGUUCAUACGAGUGUAGACGAGGAGAUGGCAAGGCGCGCGUCCCUGCAGUCGCGUUCGGCCGCCGCGUAGCUGGGCUUGAGUGCCAUUAGGUGAAGCGGCACCGGCUGUUGCGCAUCCCGUCAGUGGAAACCCGGUGUGGAUGGGUGGUUCCGCAUUUUGAGGAGGUCCCCCACCUCGCACAGAAAGACCACCCGGAUUCUGCAGAGGAAUGCCUCAACACGGAGAAGAGCGUCUUCAAGUUGCGUCGAUCCGGAUAUCGGAGAAGUGCAGUGGACGACUGCAUAGACAGACUGUGCACGCAGCGGCACACUAAAUGCCUGGACAGCAGCCAGUCGUGACUUUUUGCCUGGCGACAUAAACACGCACCCCACCGCAUCACUGUUGCGUUUGGACGCGCGCCCUCCUGGCAACAGCUGCAAGUUGGUGCCAGCAGGUGCAAGACCUGACUUGAGCACAGGUUGGCCCUGUGCAUCUAUCUAUCUAUCUAUCUAUCUAUCUAUCUAUCUAUCUAUCUAUCUAUCUAUCUAUCUAUCUAUCUAUCUAUCUAUCUAUCUAUCUAUCUAUCUAUCUAUCUAUCUAUCAUCUAACAUCAGGCACUCCCAUAAACAUAUUCGUUGUUACCACACCAGUGAUUCAGUCUAAUAAACUUAAACACACAAGUGUCACAAGAGUGUGAGAGCAGGUCAGGAUGCAGGUCUCAUUCGCUUGUACGGAGCACAAUCUGAAGAGCCGCAGCGAGGACCGGCUGUGCGGCCUGCGAACUGCCCCUCCACCAGGGGGCAGCAGCAGUGGAGGAGGUGGAGGUGGAAGUGGAGGAGACAGAGGGAGCGGACAGGGUGGAAAUGGCAACUACGCCACUCAAAGCUCGGGCAAAACACGGGACGUGCCGGGGUCCCGACCUGUGCCUCAAGGCCACGCCCACAUGAAGGAGGCUAUUGGACGACACAGUAGUAUGAAAUACAGAAACCUCGGAAAGUCGGGUCUACGUGUUUCUUGCUUGGGUCUUGGUACCUGGGUGACAUUUGGAUCUCAGAUCUCCGAUGAGAUGGCGGAGAGUUUGAUGACGAUAGCCUACGAGAAUGGAGUAAAUCUAUUUGACACGGCAGAAGUGUAUGCUUCAGGCAGGGCUGAAAUCACUCUAGGGAAUAUUAUCAAAAAGAAAGGCUGGAGACGGUCCAGUUAUGUAGUAACGACUAAGAUCUACUGGGGAGGACAGGCAGAGACAGAGAGAGGCCUGUCCAGAAAGCACAUCAUAGAAGGUAAAAUGCUGUUUAUGACUAAUAAGAUGAUCACAAUAAAGCAGACAGACAGCGAUGGCGAUGUGUCUACAGGUCUCAGAGGUUCCCUGUCUAGACUACAGCUGGAUUACGUGGAUAUUGUCUUUGCCAACCGAAAUGAUGUGAACAGCCCUAUGGAAGAGGUAGUACGUGCGAUGACAUUUGUUAUAAACCAGGGUAUGGCCAUGUACUGGGGAACGUCACGCUGGAGUGCCAUGGAGAUCAUGGAGGCAUACUCUGUAGCGAGGCAGUUUAAUUUAAUCCCACCGGUAUGUGAGCAAGCCGAGUAUCACUAUUUCCAGAGGGAUAAAGUCGAGGUGCAGCUGCCAGAGCUCUACCACAAGAUCGGUGUUGGAGCGAUGACCUGGUCUCCUCUCGCAUGCGGGCUGAUCACUGGAAAAUACAGUGAUGGUGUUCCAGACUGUUCAAGAGCCGCGAUGAAAGGCUAUCAGUGGCUAAAGGAGCGAGUGUACAGUGAAGAGGGGCGCAGACAGCUGGCGAAAAUCAAAGAGCUCCACCUGGUGGCUGACAGGCUGGGCUGCACAGCUGCUCAGCUCGCCAUUGCAUGGUGUUUGCGUAGCGAAGGGGUCAGUUCUGUACUUCUUGGUGUCUCCAAUACAGACCAGCUUCUUGAGAACCUUGGAGCCCUGCGGGUGCUGUCUCAGAUGACGCCUCAGACUGUGAGCGAGAUGGAUGCUCUUCUGGGCAACAAGCCUAACUCCAAGAAAGAGUCCCGUGCAUGAGGGAACCAGAGAGAUGACACAAACAUGUGUGGCCAGAAAAGACAAAGAAAGCAAGCUGGAAAAGAUGGAACACGGCGUACCAUCGUUUUUCUGCUCUCCCGUAUAUUACAUCACCUGCAUGCCUUCUGCAACAUGCUUCCAGCCCAUACCGCACUGCUCUCUGUAACCCUACUCAAGUAACAUAACCUUUGAAUUAAACACAGAAACAGCUGUCCACAACAUCACAGAAAUGCUGUUAUCAUUUCUUUACUCCGAGAGACUUAAGCUCCAGUCUUCCAUGAGGAAGUACUGUCAAUUAUAGGAGGAGAAUGGAAUAAAAGUGGCAAAAAGCUUGUUGAUUAGCAGGCCCAGACAGUAUCUACAGAUUUUCUUGCAGUUUCCGCUGAAGAAUUCAAGUGUUUGCACUGCCGGAUUUCCAUUGCCAUAUUGUGUGAAAUGGAUCAAAACUGGAGCUAAGAGUUGUAAAUUCUUAUUGCCAACUGAAAGCAUUGUCAAAUUUGACCAAAUGCUGUAUUUAUUAAACAAACAUGCACGGGGCAAA